AUUAAAUAAUAAACUCUUUGUUCUCGUUAGAUCCUCUAAAUCGAAUUAUAUCUCAUGUUUAACCCCAACGGAGACAUCAGAGCCAGCGGAGCAUUUUAAAAAGUCCUGCUGAGAUCAGGCUGCUCUCAGCGGCCACACAGCCCGCUGACCGCCCGGCGCUGCAGAGCUCACUGAGCGAGCAGAGCCUCAAAUCUACGGCGCAGAUCUUUAUUAGGCUGAAUCAUAACAAACCGACCACAGAUUUGAUUGUUAAACUACUAACUUCUCGCCUGAAAACAUCCUAAAAUUACAUUCUGUGACUCAACAACAGUAGUAUUUAUAAAAAGUCAACUGUCAGUUCUUUAUUUUCUCCUCCGCUAUCGUUUCCGGUUGCUGGUGUGAAAUGCAUUCUGGGAUAUCUGCUGGCCAGAGUACGCACAAGUCUCCUCUGAUGCAUCCUCCGGAAAGUGGGAGGAUCAAGUCACAUCCGGGCAUUUUGACCGCGCUUCGGGCUGCGACUGAUGACGUGUCACGAGGACACAAGUACGGACAAGAACGCUGAUUGAGAAACGGCUGUUGUCUUUUUGUGGGUGGGCAGUGGUGGAGCCAAUGGCCCCUCGUGCACUCGGCCGUCAUUUUGAUCUUGACUACACACGCAUUAAUGUUUUCCGCUGCAUCUUGCAUUGUUGUGAUGCUAUCAAGGUGACACAAUCUGGCCAAAGACAGACGUACAGAAAUGUGAACACCCGACAGAGUAUUCAAAAUCUGUGUGUUUUCCCCGGGACACACACCCACACACACUCUCACAAAGUAAAAACUAAAAUAGUGUCUCUGUCCCGACUGCAAACAAGCAAUUCAAACUCAGCCUCGACGCACCUAUGCCAUCACCGGUGAAACCAGUUGUUUUUACAGGUUGCCUCAUAACUGUGUGUAUGAUCAAGAAGUGACAAUGAUUUUUUUAACACUACAAUCAUUAGACUCAAAUGAAUAACGUGUGCCUUCAGAUUACUUAAUUUGUUUACUCAAGUUAUUCGUUUGUACUUGCGUUUAAUCUUCUAUAAAGUAAGGUAGGACAUUGUGUUUUAAUUGUAUGAUCUUGUCUGCGGCUCUUUUCUCCAGAUCUUGACUCUUCCAAAUAAAAUAAUUUCUUGUCUUGGAAAGGGAACGCUGCCUUGUUUGAGACCUGUGAUUACAUAAUAGUUCAGUUAAACAUUAAUGUGCUAACCAAGAAUUGCUAGUCACGCCAGCACCUUGUCUAGCUACUCCUCCAGAAGGUCAAGGAACAACAUUGAUUAGAUAUUAUAUUAUUCAUUAGGGUGGUUUAAAUAGUCGCAAUCAUUUCCAUUCACUCACACAACUCAACCCUCAAGUAAAAACUCAUCCAGUCUGAGAACGGCUCUAACUGUUCUAAAGUCACUGUCCUGUUCCUGGCUGAUCACUUAAAUAUAGCCUAAUGGUACUCCAGGUUUACAAAAUACUGGAUGAAAGAGAAGAUUCACUAGAGCCUUCUGUGAUUUGCUUCAAAGUUAUUUUACUCAAUGUAUAUUACUCCUUUUCCCCUGUUGAUCAUAUCAACUGCAACAGAAAUGACUGUCUAACUCUCCUUGGUAUCUACUAAGGCUGUUCUUCACUUUAGAUAGGCCUAUCUUUUCUCGACUGUCCACUCGGAGGUCACCGACUCCCCAUAUGAUUAGUCCGCCUCCACUUUGUGUUGCACAAAAGCCAGUGAGUCACACUGUCAACAGGAGCGACGUCUGACUGGGUUAAUGAGUGACGAACUCCUCCGCCAAUAGACAAGGCACCUUUUCUGUGCCGACAUGAGCCGGCAUUGGUUAAUGACUAAUGACGGUGCUGUGUUUACCAUCACCUGUCGAGGUCCAUGUGUGGUCAGUGAAGCGUCCUGGAGAGCAGCAUGGCAAUGUAUCAGUUGAGCGUCGGGUUGAGAUGAGUGUCGCCUUUUGGCAAUGUGAGCUCCACUGACGAACAGCUUUUCUCUCCAUACCAAACCUCCACCUAAAUCACCAAGCAAUCAAAUGCACCCAGACAAUAAGCUGGCCGAUCAUGGCAAGCAGGUCACCAGUGACGGCCGAUCCCAAAAACCCGGUGUAAACCAACAGGCUCAGCAGCACCAAGGAGCUGCUGGCCACUUGGGCCCAAAGGUCGUCGGUACCGGGAGCCAUGGAGUCAAAGCGAGCCAGCUUUCUCCCGGCAACCCUGGGCUAAAGGCCGUCAGCCAAUCGGUGAGCAGCGUUGGAGGGAUGCAGAAAAACAAAUCCAAGCGGGAGCGGAGCGUCUCGAUCGACUCUGGGGACUCAAGAAAUGAUGUUCCUCCAGCCCUGGAGACGGAUGCCAAAGGAGAGGGUGUUAUGCGCAGUAAGCGGCGCUGUGUUCUGGAGAAGAAGCAGCCAUACAGUGGAGAUGAAUGGUGCUCUGGACCUGACACGGAGGAAGAUGAAGACAAGCCGCACACUGCGACCCACCGAGAGCGUGGGCUGGCAGGUCCCAUUCAAGGGCUCUCUGAUCGCCUGUCUGCAGGGCCCAUGUCUGAACCUGCGGGUCCUGUAAUGGGAUGUGGAGUGGGACCAGGACUAAAGACGGAGCAGCCAUCGCAGCCUUCCCAGCAAGUGGUGUAUGUUUUCACAACUGGCCUAGCUAACAGCGCUGCAGAGGCAGUAAUGAAAGGACAGACCGAUUCCAUCCUUGUGUUUCACCAGCAAAAUGUUUCACGCCCCAAGUUGGAGCAGGGCCACUCAUCAGGGAAGCUUUCCAACCUAUCUGGGAAGAUAAACUCCAGCAGUUCUCCACCCACAGGCACCCCAAAAUCCCAAUGUGGAACGCCACGGCCAGCCUCCGCAGGUGUUGGAGGCCCAUUACAUCCCGCAGGGACAACGUCAUCAGCAGGACACUCCGAUAAUGAAUCCUCCCAGAACAGACCUGGCGGAGCCUCCAGCAAUAACAGCAUCGUCACCCAUAGGUCAGAGGGAGGGAGUACGACCACACCUGCAGGCCCAUUCCCAGGAGCUGGCGAUGGGGAGGGUGCAGGAGGUAUGGCUCUUCCUGUUGCUACCCUUUCUCCCUCGGAGAGUCCCUCCAUCCUUUCUGCACACUUACAGGGUGAUCCAGGCCAGAGGAGUGGCCCGGGCAACAUGGAUGGUCUUUCUAAAGAGCAGCUGGAACACAGGGAGCGCUCUUUGCAGACGCUGAGAGACAUCGAGAGGCUCCUUCUGCGCAGUGGGGCAAGUGGAGGCCCUGGAGACACAGGAGCCCCGAACAGCAAUGCUAUUAAUAACUCCUCCAACUUAAAUAAUAACAACAAUAUUGAUAGCGGUAUUCUCGAGGAUGGUACAAAUAGCUCUGGAAACUGCGGUAGUGGUAACAUGCUGUCGUCAGCCUUGGCUUCGAUGGGCGGGAUGAAGAAAUAUGAAGAACCCCUCCAGUCCAUGAUUUCUAAAACACAGUCCCUUGCUGGACCUGCCCUUGACAACCCUCACAUGGACUCUCACCAUAACCUACCACAACAUCCCCAUCACCAGCUGUCUUCACCUGGGCUCGACAUGGGUCACUUACUUGGACCAGAUGGGCUGACCCCAGAGCAAAUAGCAUGGAGGAAGCUUCAAGAAGAAUACUACCAAGAGAAGAGACAACAGGAAAUACAACCCUCUUCACAUCCACAGCACUUAAGAAUGAUGACAGAGAUCGGCAUGCAAGGAGGUCCUAUGAUGAUGAGAGGACCCCCUCCCCCCUACCACAGCAAGCCUGGAGAACAGCAGUGGGGUCCUGGCAAUAUGAUGGGAGGGGGAAUGGGUGGAAAUGCACGAAUGGUAGACAUACACCAAGAGGGGCCUCGUGGUCCAAGGUUCCUGGGACAGAUGCAGAGAGGGCCACCUGGAGGAGGCGGUUUUCCUGGUGGUAAAGGGGGAGUUUUAUCAGUGGAGGGUCUAGGACCCCAAAGGCCCACCAGGCCAGGGAUGAUUUGGCUCGAUGAUAUGCCCAACAACAUAGGAGGUGGGGGUCCAUUUCAUGGCUGCUACCCUGGUGGACCGUCUCAGCACUUGCAAGGUGACCCAGAACAUCUAUUAACACAUGAGGAAAUGUUUCGCCUCAUGGAAAAACGGCAGAUGCAGGGGCUUUCCAGGUUUGAACUUGACAGAUUAGCUAAACAGCAGCAACAGGGCAAUCUGGGCUCGAGAAUAAUGGAUAACUCCGAGGGGCCAGACUUUCACAAUAUGGGAAUGGGUCGGGGUCCACCCUCCACUCGGGGAGACCCCAUUGACUUUCCAGGUUCAAGGGAGAUUAUGUGCUCUCCUGGAGGGGGUCCUCAGAUGCGAGACCUGGUGGAUUCUCCUCUGGGGAGCAGCCUCACAAUGAACAUGAACCCACAGAUAAAUGUUCAGCACCAACAACAACAAAAACAACAGCAGCAGCAGCAGCAGCAGAUGAUGCUAUCUCAGAAGCUCAGAGGAAGUCCUGCUGGAGGGGCAACUUUAGGUGACAUGUUUAGCCAUGGAGAGAUUUCACGAAUCAGGGCUUCACAGAAUGGAAGAGGCGUAAAUAAGGCAAUUAUUCCUGGACCGGAUGGCCCCUUCCAUUUCCCCAAUCAUGGUCCCUUCUCUGGUGGUCAGGUGGAAGGGCCUUUUCUUCAGCAACCUGGCCCUGAGAUGUUUGGGCCUGACCAGCAAGAUCAUAAUCAAAUGGGAGGUACAUCGCGACUUAGUCAUAUGCCAAUGACCGGAGUCCUCAGGGGAGUAGACCUUGGACCCAGGCACCCCUCUGACUUACCAAUCAAUGUUAACCCCCGGAGCUCUCCUUCAGUGCCUCGUCCUCAUCAGCUCAAAUCUCCAUCCCUCAACCGAGAGCCAUCUCCACUUCUCGCUUCCCCCUCUGCUCCAGGACUAAAGUCACCCUCACAGAUGUCCUCUGCAGGACAUCACCCAACGCAUCCCUCUGCGUCUGGUGCUGGGACUCCUUCCUCUUCUUCCAUGAAGUCUCCCCAGAUAAUAGGGUCUUCCAGCCUUGGGCUGCACUCUCCGUCUGCCUCUCCUGGACAACUCAAGUCCCCAACCAUGGCUGUGGGCUCUCCAGGUUGGGCGUCUCCUAAAACGGCGCUCCCAAGUCCAGGUGUUCUAACCGGUGGGAAGAUACUGGGCAAUGGAGGAAGUAGUUCCACUGAGACGGGCCAAUCGCUUCCCCCCAGGAUUUCCAACUCUACACCCAUUAGCCAGCCAGGCUCUAUGAAUCCUAGUAUGCCACUCAAUUCCUCUCCCGAUAACCAUCCCACUCAGAAUCCGUUAACGCUCAUCAUGUCUCAGAUGUCCAAAUAUGCCAUGCCCAGUUCUACUCCCCUCUACCAUGACGCAAUCAAAACAAUUGCCACUUCCGAUGACGAGAUACUGCCAGAUCGACCUCUUCUAUCUGGUGUCAGCAUUGGAGGAAACAUGGGGAAUCCCCAGAGCUCCCAGAUACUUGGCUCCAUUGGGCCCCACAGUGCUCCACAAAGCCCCAUGGGUAUUGUAAGCCACGGUCAGCAACACCUGCCACAUGACGCAUCCGGACCUGCGCUUUCUUCACCAAACCAAAUGGGCAUGCCUGCCAUGAGUUCUGCCAUGAUGGGGGGAGGUGCACCUGACGGAAUGGGGCCCUGCAAUGUUUCACCUAUAUCUCAGAACCAAAUGGCCGGCUUUUCUCGCAUACAGCCACCACCUCAUGGGCCCAUGCACUCGCCUAUUGGAGGAAUGUCACAUCAUUUCUCCCAUUCUAAUGAGGAUAUUCUACAUCCACAGCAGUUGCACCUGAGUCUGCUUCGAAAAGGCCAUCCUCACCAGCGCCCCUCUCAUCCAUCAGACUCCUUUGCCUCUUUGCACAUGGGGGAUGGUCCGGAUCUAAGUGAAGUUAUACGACACACUCACUCCGGGAUUCCUGAGUUUGAUCUCUCCCGCAUCAUUCCUUCUGAUAAGCCCAGUAGCACUCUUCAGUAUUUCCCCAAGAGUGAGCCACAUCUGAAUCAGCAUCAGGGGCCACUAUCCCAGCAACCCACUCCACAGCAGCUCCUUAAACAGCUGUCUUCUUCCGGUCCUCCACACGGCAGCGGCCCCUCAUCCAACCCACACUUAGCAAACCUACAGAAUAUGAUGGCUGAACAGCAGCUGGCGCCUCACCCCUCACAUGUUGGGAUUCGUCAAAACAUGGGCAUUCCUCAGGGGGGCUCUAGGGGUAUGGUUUCUGGUGGGGGCAUGGGCCCCAUGUACCCCGCUGGACAUAUGAUGGGACGGACAGGCAUGGCGCCUCAACAGCAGCUACAGCAACAGCAAGUCAUGAUGGCUAACAGCCUUCUUCACCAUCCUUCCAAUCCAUACCCCGGCAUGAUGUCUUCCCAGCAGCACUCACACAAUCUGAUGGCACAGCAAAACAUUAUGAUGAUGCAGGCUAAGCAGAGAAGCAUGUCAAUUCCGGGGGAUCCUUUUGGCCCACAGGGUCCUCUGAUGUCCCCUCAAGGUCCGAUGAUGGCCCCUUCUCACCCACAGGCCGGUAUGAUGGCCCCCCAGUCUCUCAGACAACGGGGAAUGUCCCUUGACAGUCCCCUUGGCUAUGGCCCCGGAGGUGUGGCCCAUAUGCCAUUCUGAUCUAGCUCACUUAAACAACAAAAAACAAAAAAAAGGAAGGUAUCCUCUCAGUUACCUUACCAUCGUGUCCAAAUGUUUUCAUUAAUGUUAUUCUUGCCGUUAUUCGAAGAGGAACUGUAAAAACAAUAAAUCAGUGAUGCUUCAAGAUACACCGAUUACAACUGAUUCAAAAUGUAAUAUUUAAAAGCACUGUAACACAGUUCAAUAACAUUUGAAGCCAUUUUCUAAAACACUGUAAAAUAUGUAUAUUUCAAAGAUGUGUGUAGUCGUGGGAACAGAGUCGCAGACAGGAGAGGAGUGCCUCAAAUUUCUGUGUUUUAAUAUCAUUUUUUUUUUUUCAACUACCAAACUGUUGUGCAAAGGAAUUAUAUAUAUAUAUAAUAUAUAUACUUGCUGUAUAUAAGAUGCAAUUUGUGAUUGUUUGCAGUUGUUCUGUAUGACAGUGUUUUAAUAGAAGUCUAAAAAUAGAAUAAUACUGAUCUUCACGAUAGUUUUAGCUUUGGUUAUUGUGUCAAUUACUGUUGUUUCCGAACACUGACAAAGGGACAUGGUUGCUGUAUAUUGUUUGACAUCUUUUUUUGAAUUUAAUUAGCAGUAGCUAAAGUACAAGCAAACAGUGUCUGGCCAAACGAUAACCAUUUUCUUGACUGGGCAAAUAAAACAUCUUUUAAAUGCAAUCACAGUAGCAGUGGGUAUUGUACUGUCCAGCUGACAUUGUACGAGCGUGAAUUAGAUGAGCGUGGUGCUGGUGGCGGUUGCUCCGUCAGAAGUGGAUGGUCGAUUGUGACCCCGAGCUCGGAUAAAAGGGAGGCAAACAUGGCUGCAGCCCAAUUUACAAAGUAACUGCAAUAGCUCAUUGCGAAAGCGCACAACGAGAAAGGUUUCAGGCAACAGUGUGAGAGGCCGAGGCUUUUUGUCACGUCAAUUUUUUGCAGUCUGACGUAAGGUUCGCAGGUUUCAUAUGAGAUGACAUCCAUGUCUGCCAUAGUUUUGAUCAAUAAGGUCAUAUUAUUUGGCAGCCAACAGCAGAAAAAGACUAGCGUGAGGAGUAAAGCCAGUUUAAUUGCUCCUUGCUUUGCUUGCCUUUACUGACCUUUGCACAAUGUAGCUAUCACUGCUGUGUAACAGUAGCUCAUGACAGCCAGAGGUAGGAAACUUACACAUGAACAAAAUAAACCAGAAAUAUCUGGAGCAGCUAAUAACUGCCAUGGCAUUAUAUUGUAUAUAUUUACAUUAUUAAUAUUAGGUUUCAAUAUGCGCAAAACUAGUAAAUUAGUAUUUACAGCAAAAUAACUUUCGUAACACAAAUGCUGUCCUGUGGCGUGACAUGGAAAAUCAGAUUUUUAAACGGCAGUUACAUGGACAACUAUAGGGGUCCUUAGUCAACCCCCCCAGAUGUUGGAAUGAACAGUGAAGGUUGAAAGAUGAGUGUUUACCUCUGAUUAAUUUCAUAAAUUUCACUGUCUCUGUCAGACAAUGAAUGUGUCAUAUUUUGAGAGUCCUGUAGUGUGACAGCUGCAGUUAAAAUGUGUCAAAAAUAUUUUUUUUAAUUAAACAUGAGUGAUGAAAGAUGGCACAAGUGAUUAAUCAAAUAAAAAAACAGCUGUGAAAAAUAAUCAUAUGCAGAAUUUUAAUGAACAUUCUGAAAGAGGACUUCUUAAACUUUAAACAUACCUAAUUUGUACUUCAAAUCAAUAAUGGUAAAAUAUUUACAUUUUUGUCAUAGUGACAUGUCACACCACAGGACACAUUUGAUAAGAAAAGCUUAAAAAAUAAUGAAAUUAUACAUAAAAUCAACGGAACACUAGCAGUUUAGAAAAUGUCAGCAUUUCAACAUUAUAAUUUCAUACAACUGUAAUCCUCAUUAGAACUUUAUUAAAAAUAUAUACUGUUUCACCCUUAUUUGUCAACUACCCAUAUGUUGAAUUCUCCAUAGCUGUGUCUGCCAGCUGUGCAAUAUAGAGGGAAAUGGUCAUUUUAGGAACCUCAUAAUUGAGAAUCACUUGUGUGUAGAAUAAUACACAAUUGUCCUUUGCUUAAUUCUAAAAUGUUUUUUCAAUAAUGAAAUGAAAGAUUCACAAUUUCUUUAGCUUGGCUUCAAAAGCACUGCGUUGAUUGUCUUUGUUCUGGUUUUGUCAGUCAAAUUAUGAGGCAGGAAACACACAAUAGGCCAGAUUGUGUUCACUUCCCCUUAACAGUUAAGUUGGAAAUGUUUUUGGCUUUGGCUGAUAAAUGAACACUAUUUCUUUAUACUUUUUUUGUAACACCAAAACAUCUCUGUAUAUCUUCCUUCAUAUAUAUAUAUAUAUAUAUAUAUAUUUAUGUAUUCAGGGUUGUACCAUUGGCUGUUUGCACAACAUCACAUUGUGUGUGUGUGUAUAAUAUAUAUAUAUAUAUAUUAUACACACACACACACACACACAAUGUGAUGUUGUGCAAACAGCCAAUGGUACAACCCUGAAUACAUAAAAAGAAAUGACUGGUCAAUAUAUAUUUUUAAUAUUUAGAUUUUUCCCCAUUAUACUUUUCUUAUAACAGUUCCCCUUCUUAUAAACGAAAAAUGUUGUUUGAUACUAAUUGUUACGGUUACUGUCAAUAUUAUUGAUCCUAAAGUUCAUAAUUACUACUACUUUAACGUCUUUAUAUAUCAUAAUGUUUUAACAACAUUUAGGAUGUAAUUUCCUUCCCAAAAAUCAAGUUUUUACACAAUCUAUACAUGUAGAUCAGAAAGAUAAUAUAAUGGGGUGUGAUUUGAACACGGAUAGCACCAUUAGUGCAAAAUAAUAUAAAUUGUACAUUUUACAUUAAUCAAUUGCAAGAUUUUUGAAGCCUGUGAUUAGAUAUAUGUAAUCUAUCAUCCUUUCAUGAUAAAUAUAUUAUAGACCAUAUCACAGUGAAUUACCACAGAAAGAAGCAGUUUUCACCAAAUGAAGCAAACCUGCAUCUGUUUCAGUAGAUUUUUAGGUUCAGUCAUGUAAGCUACUAUAGACAAUGCAUCAUGCUUCUUACCUGUGUGACUAUUUAAAAAAAGAUAUGAGUUUAUUCCUAAUUAGAUAGAAAGAAGCUACAUGUAGCUUCAAGUUCCGUUUUCAUUUCAACUCCUGCCCAACUUGAAACGGCCUUGAACAUUUAGUUCUACCCCAAAGGACGCACAGGACAACUCUUCAACACAGCUCAAUAUUUAUUCUUUCUUUCUUAUUUGUUGCCUGGUUGCAUCAUCAGGUUGAAAACCUUCAAAACACAAAAAGCAAAAGUUAUAAAAAAAUGUAAAUAAACGUUCAAUAAGUUCAAUCUAACAAAAUGUAUUCAAACAAAAAAGCACAUCACUACAAAAGUGUUGUUUCUGUACCAGUGGCUUCUCUGGAUGUACCAUAAGUUGAAUUGGUUCCUCUCUCUCUGCUGAAGUGUUUCUUAAGAGAUUUUCUGAGAGAGACCUUCCACUUCCAGGUGUUCCCACUUAUAUCAAUCAACUGCCUGCACUGACCUGCUGGUGGUGCAUUCUGGGACUUGAAGUCUUCCAGCCAAAAUCAUGUGAGCUGAUUAUGAACUGAAAUAAAACUUCACAAUGGCACAAUU